UCAACACAAGGGUAGUGUCUUCCCUCAGAAGUCUCUUCCUGUUCUGCUUGGCAUCAGCGACUCGACCAACACUCAUUAAAUGUCUUCUACCGACCUCAAGCAAGAGAGCCCAAUGUCUGUCCCUGUUCUCAUUAGGCAAGAUACUCAGCCGGCGCUGCCAACCUACCAUAGGCAGUUCGCCAACCCAGCUCCACUCGGCGUGCUCUCUUUCGGCGCUCCAGUGUUCAUGCUCUCCAUGUACAUGGUGCAGACUGACGGUGUGACGACCGAUAAUCUGAUCGUCGGCAUGGCACUGAUCUGCGGUGGUUUCGGCCAGUUCUGCGCCGGCAUGUGGGAGAUGGCUUGCGGCAACACCUUCGGCGCGACGCUUUUCGGUCUCUUCAGCACCUUCUGGGGGUCGUACGGUCUUAUCUUCAUCCCCGGCACUGGCAUUCUCAGCGCGUACAAUGCAACCCCACAGACAGCCGCUCAACUACACAAUGCGAUCGGUAUCUACCUCAUUACCUGGUUCAUCCUGGGUGUCCUCCUUACUCUCGGCGCGCUCCGCACCUCCAUCGCCAUGCUCUCCCUUGCGAUCAUGAUCUGCAGCACGAUCCUCGUGCUCGCCGUAUCCGAGUUCACGCAGAUGGCCUCGGUCACCAAAGCCGCAGGUGCGAUGGGCAUCAUCACAGGGCUGUUGACAUUCUACGUCGGCGCUGCAAGCCUGUACACGGAGGACAAUACGAUCUUCACCCUUCCGACAGGCCAGUUCCGCAAGAAGGAGCAUCAUCAAGCGUGAGCUUUCUGCUGGGUCAUACUCUGCACAUUUGGGACUUCUGUGCUGGCUGAGUAGUGUACAAUCCUCUCGAUGUUGUUUGACUUGGCUUCAUUCUUACCCUGUUGUGGCAUAGUAGCAUUAGC